AUGUCAGAACCAGAGCAACCGGUGGAAAACAACGAGGCAGCACCUGAGGCUGACAUCGAAGAGGAAGCCAUCUUCAUCAAGAAAGAGAUAACAGUGGACAUGGAUCAAUUAACCAACGAGGCUCCACCUGAGCAAGCCGCCGCAGAAACAGGUGACGCUGAUGAAGAGCGAAGUGCACAGCCGGCAGACGACGAUAGAACUGAAGACCAGGUCCCUGAUAUCACAGGCACAGAAUACGUUGAUCCCAUGACUACAAGCAUGGAUGGCAUCGAAGACCUGCCUGCAAACGAGGAGACCCAGGAGUACGGCGACACUAUCAUGGAAGAGGACGAAGAGGAAAACGCAGGUGCUGAAGGUCUAGAGGGACCCGUGGAUAACGUUUGCGAGCCGGACGACGUCUUAGACGUCAAAAGCAACAUGAGCGAGGAAUUUCGGUCGGCAAAUGAUGAUGUUCCUGCUUUAGCUGAUGAUGACAUUGAUGUUGACGAUGAGGUGUCAGGAGAGGGUGAAGCAGCCACUGCGGAUGCCUCUGCCUUAGAACAACCUUUAACUGAGGGCGAAGCUCCAGCUGCUGAAGAAGCUCCGGCUGCUGAAGAAGCUCCGGCUGCUGAAGAAGCUCCAGCUGCUGAAGAAGCUCCAGCUGCUGAAGAUGUCCCUCCUACUGAAGACGCUCCAGCUGAAGAACAAGCAGUUGCAGAGGCUAAGGAUGAAGCUGCUCCAGCGGAAGAGACAGCCAACGGAGUACAAAUAGAAGUAGAAGCUGCUCCAGUCGCAGAGGAAGCACCAGCAGCUGAUGAGAAGCCAGAAGAGGCAGAACCCUCUGCUGAACUAGAGAAAGUAGAUGAACAGAUGGCUCCACCUGCAGGCACUCCAGGUAUAGCGGAGGAAGAAAAAGAAUUCGAACUUCAAGCUCCACCAGAGGGUAAACGCCCACGCACUCCCAACGAACUCGACAAUGCAGUAGAGGAAGCACCUGUAGAGGGGGCAGUAGAAGAGGAGAAGCCUGCAGAGGAACCAUCUGCAACCGAAGCGGAGGCCGCUCAACCCGAUGAUGCCGUCCAGGACGCAGCACCAACCACUCCGGCUGCCGCCUCAGAGAAGUUCGAGUCUGUUCCACAGACGCCGAAAUCGGCUACAGGAGAAUUUCAGACUCCUGCUGGCUCCGUCCCACCAACUCCAAAGGCUGCUGUGGAUGAGGUGCCAGGAUCAGUACCUCCAACUCCCAGUGCUGCAGCUGGGUCUGUCCCACCAACUCCAAAAGGCGAAGAGGCACCAGGAUCGGUACCUCCAACUCCAAAGUCCGCUGCAGGUUCAGUUCCACCAACGCCAAAGCAAGCAAAUGGAGCGAUAUGCAAUGGCAGCAUUCCUGGAACACCUGCUGCGAAAGUUGACACCCCGAAAGUAGGAACCCCAUCGGCUGAAGCUACUCCAAAGACUACUGCUACACCUAAGUCAUCUGUUGCCUUCAAUUUUGAAGAAACUCCUGCCACUCCAAAGGCCGAUGCAGAAGCACCUUCAACACCGGCCAAGACACCGAAGACUCCUAAGACUCCGAGAACGCCGAAGACUCCGAAAACACCGAAAUCAAAAGUAUCAGUUGUUGAGGAGCCAGCGCCUGUCAAAGAAGAAGCAGCUCCUGAGCCUGUGGCAGAACCAGAACCAGAGCCAGCGGUAGAAGAGGCUCCUGCUCCUGAGGCCGAAGCUGCGCCAGAAGCGGAACCUGUUGAAGCAGAACCUGCAACUGAGGAAACUCCCGCUGACGAACCCCCCGCUGACGAACCUGUCGCUGCUGAAGAAGCUCCAGCAGACGAACCACAACCAGAAGCAGAAGGUGACAAAGCACCUGUCGAUGAGUCCGCAGAAGAGCCGAUUGAGGAAGUGCCACCACCAGAAAAAGCUGAUGAAUUAGCCGCUGAACCACCUACGGAAAAGGCUCAAGAAGAAAGCUCUCCUCCACCCACGCGGGCUCGUGCUGCAUCUCCUUCAUCACCUCCAAGUCGAGCUGCAAGGGCACUGUCCCCAUCGCCAGAACGACGUCCUGCUCGCGAUUACGUUAGCUACGAUCAGGAUUCGCACCGCCAUGUACCUCCACCACGACUUCCAACGGCGACGUCUUUCUCGUCGUGGAAUCCGCCAGAUAAGCAAACUUACACUCCUGUUAGUCCUUUCGUUACAAAUCCAAACAAAUAUCGGAAUGAGUACACUGCCACCUGUAACUACCGCCCAAAUAGUACUUACACAAGCCAUUUCGACGACAUUGUCAACACAGGGGCCUUCUCAUCAGCGCUUUACUCAACUACAAGAUUGAUCGAACGAUCCCGUAGCCGUACACGCGAACGUCGUCAAGCGAUGCGGUCGCAGAGAUCCGCAUCCAACUACUACAGAUACCUUCUCGACUCGUACACAUCACAGUAUCCUGCUCCUCAACGUACUCGUGAGUACUCGACGCCGCCAUCACGCGAAUACAGCAGACCACCAUCACGAAGCGGAUCAUUCAUCUCGUUCCUCGAAUAUUCCGAUGCCAAAAAUGGCGAACUGUACCGUAAUGCCUCCCGUACCUCGAUAUACGACUCAGCGCUUUCGCGUAGCAACUCACGACUCGACAUGUACCUAGGAGGCGGUCGUCUUUCGCGUGUUGAUAGCUACGUACGCGACCUUCACACUCCAUACGAAUAUGAGAUGCCAUCAACCUAUGAUCGUUAUCGCUCGUCGUCUCGAUCCGGCGGUUUUUCAACGAUGAGCGGAUAUACGAGCUACAACUCAUCACCGUCCUACAUCGACACCGACACCACUCGUCGUUUCAAGAGAUAUCAGUACGACACAACGCCGAUGAUCAUGAGCAUGUACGAGGGCCGCAUUGGUCAGCUGGAAAGAUCACUGUCACGUGAAUUGAUAAACAAGGACAGGUUGCGUUCCGAGUACAGUCACCUAUCCAGCAAACUGAAUCAAGCGAUGCGACAAAUGGACUUGCUGAGGUGGGAAGCAUGGAAGCCACACUGGAUUGAACCGCCUCUACUCCGGAUAUGCUCGGGAAUGGGGACCACACUUCUAAAGGGCAUGGAAUCGCUGAAGCAUAUAGUGGAAACUUCUAAACACCAUUCACAACAACUUCAAGUAAAUACUUUUUAG